AUUCCCUUUUCACUCUCUCACGCUUUGAAAUAAAAUCUCGCUCGCGCUCCCACUAUCACGAAACCCUCGAUCUGAGAAAAUCAUGGCAAUAACUUCCAAAUCUCAGGUUUCAAGCGCCUCCAAUUCUUCAUCAUCAUCUGAAGAAGAAGAAGAGGUUGAGAACGUUAACGACCAGAUCGAAGAUGACGAAGACGAACUCGAAGCCGUUGCUCGUUCCCCUGACUCCGAUGACGACGAUGAUAAUGUUCCAGAUGAAGCCGCCGAAGUCGACGAAGAUGCCGAUGACGGCGAAGACGAUAAUCAGGAUGAAAGUAAUGUUAAUCCUGAGAUUAGUAAGCGUGAGAAAGCGAGAUUAAAAGAAUUGGAGAGGUUGAAGAAACAGAAGAUUCAGGAAAUAUUGGAUGCACAAAAUGCAACUAUUGAUGCUUCUAUGAACACUAAAGGAAAAGGGCGACUGAAGUAUCUAUUGCAGCAAACUGAGCUGUUUGCUCAUUUUGCAAAAAGUGAGCAAUCUUCAUCUCAGAAAAAGACUAAGGGAAGAGGACGCCAUGCUUCAAAAGUGACUGAGGAAGAGGAGGAUGAAGAAUACCUCAAAGAAGAAGAAGGUGGUUUAGGAAAUACACGGCUGGUUACUCAACCAUCUUGUAUCCAAGGAAAAAUGAGGGAUUACCAACUUGCGGGACUUAAUUGGCUCAUACGUUUGUAUGAAAAUGGAAUAAAUGGAAUUUUAGCAGAUGAAAUGGGUCUUGGCAAAACUUUACAAACUAUAUCUUUAUUGGGCUAUUUACAUGAGUUCAGAGGAAUAACGGGUCCGCAUAUGGUGGUUGCUCCAAAAUCUACUCUUGGAAAUUGGAUGAAUGAGAUUCGACGCUUCUGUCCUGUUUUAAGGGCAAUUAAGUUCCUUGGUAGCCCUGAUGAAAGGAAACAUAUAAGAGAGGACUUAUUGGUUGCUGGAAAGUUUGAUGUGGUUGUGACAAGUUUUGAAAUGGUAAUCAAGGAGAAGACAACAUUGCGUCGAUUUAGUUGGCGUUAUGUUAUUAUUGAUGAAGCCCAUCGGAUCAAGAAUGAGAACUCCCUCCUGUCCAAAACAAUGAGGCUAUAUAAUACAAACUACCGGCUCCUUAUAACUGGCACACCGCUACAGAACAAUCUUCAUGAGCUCUGGUCUCUUCUCAACUUUCUUCUGCCUGAAAUUUUUAGUUCUGCUGAAACGUUUGAUGAAUGGUUUCAAAUCUCCGGUGAAAAUGACCAACAGGAGGUUGUUCAACAACUUCACAAGGUCCUCCGUCCAUUUCUUCUUCGAAGAUUGAAAUCAGAUGUGGAGAAAGGGUUGCCACCGAAAAAGGAAACCAUUCUCAAAGUAGGCAUGUCCCAAAUGCAGAAACAAUAUUAUAAGGCAUUACUGCAGAAGGAUCUUGAGGUUGUGAAUGCUGGUGGAGAACGGAAGCGUCUCCUAAAUAUAGCAAUGCAACUUCGUAAAUGUUGCAAUCAUCCAUAUCUUUUCCAAGGGGCUGAACCUGGUCCUCCCUACACAACAGGGGAUCAUCUCAUUACAAAUGCUGGCAAAAUGGUUCUAAUGGAUAAAUUACUUCCCAAACUAAAAGAGCGGGAUUCUAGGGUCCUAAUAUUUUCACAGAUGACUAGACUGCUAGACAUACUUGAAGAUUAUUUGAUGUUUCGUGGAUACCAAUAUUGUCGCAUAGAUGGUAAUACUGGUGGAGAUGACCGUGAUGCGUCCAUUGAGGCUUUCAACAAACCAGGAAGUGAGAAAUUUGUCUUCUUGUUAUCUACUCGAGCUGGAGGUCUCGGCAUCAAUCUUGCUACUGCCGAUGUUGUUAUUCUUUAUGAUAGUGACUGGAACCCACAAGCUGACUUGCAAGCUCAAGAUCGAGCUCAUAGGAUUGGUCAAAAGAAAGAAGUUCAAGUUUUCAGAUUCUGCACUGAGUAUACGAUCGAGGAAAAGGUCAUUGAAAGGGCUUACAAAAAGCUUGCACUUGAUGCUCUGGUGAUUCAGCAAGGGCGAUUAGCUGAGCAGAAGUCUGUUAAUAAAGAUGAUUUGCUUCAAAUGGUUAGAUUCGGUGCCGAAAUGGUUUUUAGUUCCAAGGACAGUACAAUUACAGAUGAAGAUAUUGACAGAAUUAUUGCCAAAGGAGAGGAAUCAACAGCUGAGCUUGAUGCUAAGAUGAAGAAAUUUACUGAAGAUGCAAUCAAAUUUAAGAUGGAUGACACUGCUGAUUUGCUUGACUUUGAUGAUGAGAAAGUAAGUAGUCAUUUUUUUCUUUACUAUCCAUCUUGGAAUCUGUUCUUAUUGCUCAAUUUUGCCUCAACUGUCUUUUUUUCUUUUUUAACCAACCUCUACAUUUACUUUCUUCUUUCAAUGAAGGAUGAGAACAAAGUUGAUUUCAAAAAAAUUGUGAGUGACAACUGGGUUGAGCCAUCACGAAGAGAACGGAAGCGAAAUUACUCAGAGUCUGAAUACUUCAAGCAAACAAUGCGCCAAGCUGCUCCUACUAAACCAAAAGAACCCCGAAUUCCUAGGAUGCCUCAAUUGCAUGAUUUUCAGUUCUUCAACAACCACAGGCUGAGUGAGCUGUAUGAAAAGGAAGUUCGAUAUCUAAUGCAAGCACAUCAGAAGAAUCAAGUAAAAGAUUCCAUAGAUGUUGAUGAACCAGAAGAGGUGGGAGAGCCAUUGACUGCAGAAGAGUCUGAAGAAAAGGAGCAACUUCUAGAGGAGGGAUUUUCAUCAUGGAGCCGGAAGGAUUUUAAUACUUUCAUUAGGGCAUGUGAAAAAUAUGGCCGAAAUGAUAUAAAAAGUAUUGCUUCUGAGAUGGAAGGAAAGACAGAAGAAGAAGUAGAAAGAUAUGCAGAAGUUUUCAGAGAGCGAUACAAGGAGUUGAAUGAUUAUGACAGAAUUAUAAAAAACAUUGAAAGAGGUGAGUCAAGAAUAGCUCGGAAAGAUGAGAUCAUGAAAGCUAUUGGGAAGAAGUUGGACCGCUACAAGAAUCCUUGGCUAGAGUUGAAGAUACAAUAUGGACAAAACAAAGGGAAAUUAUACAAUGAAGAAUGUGAUCGAUUCAUGAUAUGCAUGACUCACAAACUUGGAUAUGGGAAUUGGGAUGAAUUGAAGGCGGCAUUUCGAAUGUCACCCUUGUUUCGUUUUGAUUGGUUUGUAAAGUCACGCACAACUCAGGAACUAACAAGGAGAUGUGACACCCUCAUUCGGCUGGUAGAGAAGGAAAAUCAAGAAUAUGAUGAAAGGGAGAGACAAGCUCGUAAAGAAAAGAAACUUGCCACUAAGAGUUCGACUCCAUCAAAGCGCCCCUUGCCAAGACAAGCAGAGAGUCCAUCUCUGAAGAAGCGGAAGCAAUUAACGAUGGAUCACUAUGUAAGCUCGGGGAAGAGAAAAAAAUAAAUGGACGAAUGCCCUACAUUCCGGUAAAUGAGAGGGGUUGUUUGUAGGUUGACUUCUGAUUUUAAAGCCUUGGUGACUUUGAUAUGGCCUAGUAAACAUCUCUAUUGAUCGUAGCGUGGCUUCUGGCUUCCGAAGUUUGGUGCUAGGGGCUUCUACCUAACACCCUAAUUUUACCUCUUACACCUUCCUUUCUGCAUUCUUAUUUUUUUACUCUCCACAGCGCUGCUUUGCCUAAUGUAACCUUCGAAAGGUUUAUUAAGAUUAAGAUGAAAUUGAAUGCCAAUUUUUUUGUAAAUCUAAACUGUUAGAUUGAAUGUCCGGUUUAUUAACUGCAGCAAGUUUAUUUAUUAAUAUUCAACAAUUUAUGGACCUA